AGAAAUGGAACAAAUGUCACUUGCAUUACUUUUGUUGGGAAUGAUGUGUGUAACAUGACUGCUACCAUCUAUGUUACAGAUGUGCCUAAAUCUAUUAAAGCAGUAGGUGUUGUAAACCGAGAGAAGGACACAGUAGUACUAGAGCUAGGAGAUAUGUUUGAUGAAGGAGGAGUUCCAAUUGAUCACUACAUUAUUCAAGUGGACAAUGGCACACAGUUGGAAACUCCAGGCCCCACUUACAGUUUUUACAUCAUGUCAUACUACACUGUCAGCGAA